AUGACCUGCAAUCGCAUCCAUCAAAUGGCUUCGCAAUUGAAUCUCGCGCCGGCAGCAGCAGCGUACAAUACAUUAGCCACCGUCCCCAAAUCGAACACAUUCACGUCCAAGCUACCGCCGGACCCUGCCUUCGAGACACCAAAGCAGUCCCACGAUGCGCCACGCGAAACACUGGGCCCGCGCAUCGUCAAAGGUGCAAUGUAUACCUAUGUCCGUCCCGAGGCCGCCGAGGACCCGGAGCUGUUAGGCGUGAGUCCGCGAGCCAUGGAGGAUCUGGGGUUGCAGCCAGGAGAGGAGAAAACAGAAGACUUCGUUAGUUUGGUUGCCGGGAAUAAGAUAUUCUGGAAUGAGGAAGAGGGAGGAGUCUAUCCUUGGGCGCAAUGCUAUGGAGGAUGGCAAUUUGGUGCAUGGGCAGGACAACUUGGAGAUGGCCGCGCUAUCAGUCUCUGCGAGUUGACGAACCCCAGCACAAAUAUCCGCUAUGAACUGCAACUGAAAGGUGCAGGACGAACACCGUAUUCCCGUUUUGCAGAUGGCAAGGCGGUUCUACGUUCAAGUAUUCGCGAAUACGUAGUAUCUGAAGCUCUCAAUGCUCUUGGUAUUCCGACCACUAGAGCCCUAUCUCUUACGCUGCUACCGAAAUCCAAAGUUCUGCGCGAACGAAUGGAACCUGGCGCUAUAGUCGCCAGAUUUGCGCAGAGCUGGCUCCGAAUUGGAUCAUUCGACAUUCUUCAUUCUCGCAACGAGCGAGACAUGAUCAGGAAGCUGGCGACAUACAUCGCCGAGGACGUCUUCCCAGGGUGGGAAUCAUUACCCGGGGUAGUCAAUCUUCCUAAUGAGGAAGGUUCCGGAGACGUAAAUGUUGAUGAACCGCCACGAGGUGUCACAGCUACAGAACUCCAAGGAAAAGAAGGCCAAGAAGAAAACCGAUUUACGCGACUAUAUCGUGAAAUCGUACGACGAAAUGCCAAAACAGUAGCCGCCUGGCAAGCAUACGGAUUCAUGAACGGCGUCCUCAAUACCGACAACACCUCCAUAUUCGGCUUGUCUCUGGACUUUGGCCCAUUCGCAUUCAUGGACAAUUUCGACCCUUCAUACACACCGAACCACGACGACCACUAUCUGAGAUAUUCAUACAAGAACCAGCCAUCAGUCAUAUGGUGGAAUUUGGUACGACUAGGCGAGGCAUUCGGCGAACUCAUCGGCGGUGCCGAGCGGGUGGACGACGAGGAAUUCAUCACCAAGGGCGUGACUGAAGAAUUCGGGCAAAUCCUCAUCAAACGCGCAGAGACGCUCAUCAACCGGACAGGCGAAGAAUACAAGACAGUUUUCAAGAAUGAAUACGUGCGCCUCAUGUCCCGGCGACUAGGUCUUUUGACGAGCAAGGAAUCCGAUUUUGAGUCGCUAUUCUCGGAGUUGCUCGAUUCCAUGGAGCAUUUAGAGCUUGAUUUUAACCAUUUCUUCAGAAGGCUGUCUGAUAUUGGUAUUGAAGAACUCGAGACUGAUGAGCAGAGACAGGCCGUCGCGAAACGAUUCUUCCAUAAUGAAGGCGUCAGCGGAGUCGGCAAUACUGAGGAAUCUGCCUGUAAGCGCAUAGCGACAUGGCUGUCAUCGUGGAGAGAUCGAAUCGUCGAAGACUGGACACAGGAUGGAAGAACCGAUCAAGAGCGCAAAGAAUUAAUGAGAUCCGUGAAUCCAAAGGUUCUUUCCCGUUCUCCUAAUCCCUGUUCUAAACGGUUGACUAACGACUGGCAGUUCAUCCCCCGAUCCUGGAUCCUAGACGAAGUCAUCGAACGAGUCGAGCACAAAGGCGAUCGACAAAUCCUCGGACGCGUUAUGCAGUACACCCUGAACCCGUUCCAGGAAGACUGGGGCGUGGACAAGGAUGAAGAGGAGAGGUUUUGCGGUGAUGUGCCCCGGUUCAAGAGGGCUAUGAUGUGUAGCUGUUCUUCUUAG